AUGGAUAACAACCCAAAAACAACAGCUAAUUGUGAGAAAUGGUGCAGGCACGAGGUAGCUGGUGUAGUGACAGAGGUGGGAAGCAAAGUAGAAAAGUUCAAAGUUGGAGACAAGGUUGGUGUGGGAUGCUUGGUUGAUUCCUGUUGCACCUACCAGAACUAUGAUGACAAUCUUGAGAAUUAUUGUCCUCAAUAUACGCUCACAUAUGGUGCCAAAUAUAGAGAUGGCACCAUCACAUACGGAGGCUACUCUAACUCAAUGGUUGCAGAUGAGCAUUUUGUGAUUCGCAUUCCUGAUAGCUUAGCACUUGAUGCUACUGCACCUCUUAUUUGUGUUGGCAUCACUGUGUAUAGCCCUCUCAGAUAUUAUGGACUUGACAAGCCUGACCUACAUGUUGGUGUGGUUGGUCUCGGUGGACUAGGUCACAUGGCUGUCAAGUUUGCCAAAGCUUUUGGAGCUAAGGUCAUAGUAAUAAGUACAUCACCUAGUAAAAAGGAUGAAGCAAUACAACAUCUUGGAGCUGAUUCCUUUCUACUAAACCGUGACCAAGAUCAGAUGCAGGGUACAAUGGGUGCUUUGGAUGGUAUUAUUGACACAGUUUCUGCGGUUCAUCCUCUCUUACCUCUCAUUGGUUUGCUCAAGUCUCAUGGAAAGAUUGUAAUGGUGGAUGCACCAGAGAGGCCUCUAGAACUACCAGUCUUUCCUUUACUUGCUGCGAAACACAAUGUCAAACCUGACAUUGAAGUCAUUCCUAUGGACUAUGUCAACACAGCAAUGGAACGACUCCUUAAAGAAGAUGUUAAAUAUCGAUUUGUUAUUGACAUUGGAAACACACUGAAAGUCUGA